AUGCAUCAGAAGAAUAACCAGGCUGCACAGGCCACGUCGGCCACGGUUCACGAUGACAACGAUGAUGAUGACGACGACAACCUUGAAGAUCCGUUUGGUGAUGGAGAGGCCGAUAUUGAUGACGACUUGGACGAUGAAAUGUCUGGCAACAUAGGCCGCGGAUCAUGGUGGAGAGGUGUUGUCAACAGGAGAAGCGGGCUCGAGGAGGAAGACUCUGAUGACGACGAAGAAGAAUUUGGAGAUUUCGCCAUGCCAGAGGAAGACAAGGGCGGAGAAGGGCAAGACCAGGAUAACGUGGUGUUGAAGCCUCUUGCAGUCCACCCACCCAGGGAAAGCAGUAGAGGCUUAAGCGGCCUGUGGCCCUUUGGCUCAAGAGCUGAGAAAGAGAAGAGCGAAGGCAAGGACGAGCAGAAGGGGGACGACGAUGCUCGCAUGGCAGGAGAGGGAGAUGAGGAGCCUGAGAAGAGGGCGAUAGAAGUCAAGGAGGCACAGCGAAGAACCAGCAUUGAAGAUGAUGACGACGAUGGCGAGACUAACGUGGGGACGGAAUACGGAGCUGAUUUCAAGGCUUAG